AAUCACCAGUGACGUACCCAAGUAAAUAUACCUAACCUAGUACCUAUCUACUCUACCUCCUACAUACUUCCCUACUCGAUAACGUACUAUAUGUAUAUAUCAUCUCAAGAAUAAGAAUGCAGUCCAACCGUAGGUAAAUGAGAUGUCCACUCUCAAGGCUGCCACAGUUUCAAACAGAGUCAUUAAGCGGAAAAGAAAGAGGCAAACAACCGAAGAAGACACACAAAGCAUAGAAGACACAGGAGCAGAACCGUUAGGAGAUUCCACCGGUUCAGGCAAGGAGCCAAGUUCUGUCUCAAUAGAGCUUGAAGAUACUCUCGAGAAAUCAAACGAUGGCAAACCAAUUAAGCGUCCUGGCGAUACCACGCGACGCCGAAAGAAGGUAGAUGCGGAAGUCAAGUGCCAAAUUGAAUGGCCGCAACUAUUCAAAGACUUGGAUAAAACACACCGCGCUUUAAAUUUAGUCUUUACCUUCUGUUCCACCCGCAAACACCUUGCUACCACUUUCGACACGAUUCGGACUGCAGUUGAGUCAAAUACGAAGCGUGUGUUGACUGUUGAAGAUGUGGCUGCCAUUGUGGCGCUGCGGCCCGAGGGCAUCAAUUUCACCUAUGUCGAUGAAGUAAUGCUACAGACCGAUAUCAAAGGGGCGGAACGAGAUACGACUUUUAAAUCUGGUAGAUCAAGGAACAUCAUGGUCCAAGGCCCCGCACCGGACGCCUCUGUUGGCGGGUUUACUGGCUUAGAUGGGAUAGGUAAUCGGCAUCCGGAUGAUCUACCAGUCAGUGGUAGCGAAGUCUUAUUCUUUGAAUUCGUUGACGAAGACCUCAAGAGACAAGUCCAGCACAAGAAAACAGGAGAGCCUACCAAUCCCAACAGGAGACUUCGGGAUGAGGAUUUGAAAAUGCCGGUUUACAGUCAAAAGCAACUGACUACGCUAAUCGAGAAGCGUAACCAAAAAUUCACAAACGCAGCGAGCUCCUUCAUAAAUCGUUGCGUAGAGCAAAACCUUGACCCCGAGGUCAUGCUUCGUCAAGAAGCCGAGGCAUACAUCCCAGUUCAGAAAGAAUUAGAAAUAGCAACACCAAACCCAGAAUCUAGCACUAUACCGGAGUCAAUACCUGCCGAGAGGAAGAGUAUCCCCGAAAUUAUUCAGGAACUCAAAGAUAGUCCUUGGUAUACUAAUCAGAUUGUGCCAGAUGGGCAUCGUGUGUUUGAAGCACAAGAGCCUGUAUUUGGCGAUCUUGAUUUUCUACUGAGUCAGGAUAUGGUGAACGCGCUGUAUAAUGCAAAGGGAAUUACUCAAUUCUAUGCUCACCAGGCUGAAGCCAUCAAUAGUCUCCAUGCUGGUCAUCACGUUGUAGUGUCAACCUCCACAAGCUCGGGGAAAUCCCUCAUUUACCAACUACCUGUGUUGCAUGCAUUGGAACAAGACCGUAAUACUCGAGCUAUAUACAUAUUCCCGACCAAAGCCUUGGCACAAGAUCAAAAGAAGAGUUUAAAGGAUAUGCUAUCAUACUUUACAGAGCUGCAGGAUGUUCUUGCCGAGACUUUCGAUGGAGAUACCCCGAUGCAUGAUAGGAAUCAGAUCCGCGAUGAAGCCCGGAUCAUCUUUACGAAUCCUGACAUGCUUCAUCUUACGAUUCUCCCCCAAGAGGAUAGAUGGCGGACCUUUCUCGCGAACCUACGUUACGUUGUCGUUGACGAGCUGCAUUAUUAUAAUGGACUAAUGGGAUCCCACGUUGCAUUUAUCAUGCGGCGACUUCGACGCGUAUGUGCUGCCGUUGGCAACCGACGGGUCAAGUUCAUAUCGUGCUCUGCAACCGUCGCAAACCCGCAAGAGCAUUUUAAGACAAUCUUCGGGAUCGACGAUGUACAUCUAGUUGAUUUUGAUGGUUCACCAUCGGGACGAAAGGAGUUCUUAUGCUGGAAUACCCCCUACAAAGACCCCGGAGACCCUACAAGUGGCCGCGGGAAUGCCAUAGCAGAAUGCGCUCGUUUAUUCUGUCAGCUCAUCCUACGUGGCGCUCGCGUGAUUGCAUUCUGCCGCGUGAGAAAACAGUGCGAAGAGCUCGUGACGGCUGCUAAGCACGAAUUAGAAACCUUGGGUCGUCCGGAAUGCAUGGCUCGUGUUAUGGGCUACCGAGGUGGGUAUACGGCACAAGAUCGUCGGCAGAUUGAGAGCGAAAUGUUCGAGGGAAAGCUUAUGGGCAUCAUCGCAACUACUGCUCUUGAAUUAGGUGUUGAUAUUGGCACGCUAGAUUGUGUCAUUACACUUGGAUUUCCUUAUACUAUCGCGAACCUGCGCCAGCAAAGUGGUAGAGCCGGCAGGAGAAACAAGGAUUCACUGUCUGUGCUGGUCGGAGACUGCUUCCCAACCGACCAGCACUACAUGCAAAACCCAAACGAGAUCUUUACCAAGCCUAAUUGCGAGCUCCAGGUUGAUCUAAACAAUAUACUUGUCUUAGAGGGGCAUAUACAAUGUGCGGCAUAUGAAAUGCCCAUCAAGCCUGUGGAGGAUGCUAUCUACUUUUCAAAAGACUUGGCAAAAAUCGCAGAAGAACGCCUCAUUAAAGACGAGCUUGGGUACUAUCACUGUCACGACAGGUUCAGGCCCGUUCCCUCCAGGUUCGUGGCAAUUCGAGAUACAGAGGACGAGCAUUUUGCUAUCGUGGAUACCUCCCAGGGAAGGAAUGUCGUCCUCGAGGAACUCGAAGCAUCAAGAGCCUUUUUUACUAUUUACGAUGGUGCUAUUUUCUUGCACCAGGGAACUUCGUAUUUAGUACGUGACUUUCAGCCCGACAGAAAGAUCGCGAAGGUGGAGAAGGUAAAGGUGGAGUGGACAACACAACAACGGGACUUCACCGACGUCGAUCCUAUAGAGACAGAAGCCAUACGGAGAAUUCCUGGCUCCCUGUCGCGUGCCUUUCAUGGCACGAUACGUAUCACCCAGAACGUAUUCGGCUAUUUCAAAGUCGAUAGAAAACGUCGGAUUCUUGAUGCCGUUCAUGUCGACAACCCCCCAAUUAUCCGGCAUAGCAAAGGCAUGUGGCUCGACGUUCCUAAGCUAGCGCUCGAGAUCCUCGUCGAAUGCCGCCUCCACGUAGCCGGUGCGAUACACGCUGCCGAGCACGCUAUCAUGAGCCUAAUGCCCAACUUCGUAAUCAGCAUGCCUGGCGACGUCAGGACGGAGUGCAAGUCCGGCCUGAAGGAGUUUGCGCAGAAGGAGACUUCGCGAAAGCGGCCCGCGCGCCUGACCUUCUACGACGCGAAGGGUGGCGCGAACGGCUCCGGCAUCAGCACGAAGGCGUUCGAAUUCAUCGACGUGCUGCUCGUCCAGGCGCUAGAGCGGGUCCAGCACUGCCACUGCGAAACGGGUUGUCCGGAGUGUGUCUGCUCCGAGUUCUGCAAGGAGGCGAACGAGGUCAUGAGUAAAGCUGGAAGCACGGUCAUCAUCAAGGCGCUGCUGAAUAUGCAUAUCGAUGUCGAGGCUCUCCCGAUGGGCCCGGAAGAGAUAAGCCCCCUGGGUAUCGAGACGGUGGUUGUGGCGAGACCGGUGCCGCUUCGGGGGAGGAGGAGGGGGGUUGAGGAUGUUGAAGUUAAGGUGGAGGAGGAGGAUGAUGGGAGGGAUGUUGGUGUGGUAGAGUAGGUUGAGGGGGGUGACCAAGGACAUGGGGAUAGAGAGCUAGAUGUGGUGGAAUCAAGAGCUGGUUUGUAGUAGUAUGAAUAUAGGGGCAACACGGUGCAUCACAAGAUACCUAUCUUGCUUCCUUGCUCAUUCAACUUGACAUCCAUUGUCUCUAUAAUGGUCCAGUAGGGGCUUUAGGUUCCCUAGUUAGCCAGCCCCUAUUUUAACACGCUAGGUAUGGGGAUAAUUCCUAAAGUCAUCACAGAGUGGGUCGUCUU